GUUGUCAUUGCCGUCGUGCUGUUUGCAGGGUGGUCGGCGGGAUUGAAGAUCGCCACAGGACCGACCUCCGUGGAGAAAGCCGUGGGCGACAGCGCGAGGCUGGAAUGCACGUUCAAACUGGACGCCGGAGACUUCGGGCCCCUGGACAUCGAGUGGUCGCAGACACCGCCCGACCCCACCACCACAGAGCAGAUUAUCAUUUAUUACUCUGCCGAUCGAGUCUUUGAUGACAACCUGCCGCCUGAAAUGAGAGGACGGGUGCAUUUCAGCUCCACUGACCCCAAGACCGGAGAUGGGUCCCUCAACUUCACCAACCUGAAGCCCUCCGACAACGCCCUGUAUCACUGCAAAAUCAAAAAAGCCCCAGGUCUGGGCAGCAAGAAGAUCAAACUGGACGUCUUAGCGAAGCCUUCAAUCCCGAGAUGUCACGUGGACACGAGUCAGGAGGUCGGGAAGGACGUAGCGAUGAAAUGCUCGUCGGAGGAGGGGACCGCACCCAUCAGCUACACGUGGUCAAAGCUUGGACACGGUCAAUCCCUCCCUCCAAAGGCAACUUCAGAUAUCAGCACCGGAACUCUGCUGGUGAAAAAUGCCACACAGGCUUACUCAGGGGACUAUUUGUGUGUGGCUCAGAACAGGGUUGGCAAAGCGCAAUGCAUCGUGAAGUUGUCAGUGUAUCCUCCCUCCAACACCGCCGGUAAAAUAGCCGGAGCCAUCAUCGGCGUGAUCUUGGCCUUGCUGAUAAUCGCCAUCAUCGUCUGGUGUAUCCUGCGGAAACGGAAGGAGAAGAAGUUCGAGAAGGAGGUGUCCCAUGAGAUCAGAGAGGAUGUUCCUCCCCCGAAGAGUCGAGUCUCCACAGCCCGCAGCUACACAGUGGACAGCCAUCGUUCCUCGCUGGGCUCCAUGUCUCCCUCGAACAUGGAGGUGUACAAGCCUCACUACGACAGGUUGGCCACGGAGGACAUGGAGAGGCCACCCAGCCACAGCCCUAGCCACAACCCCAGCCGCAACCCCAGCCUCAACCCCAACCUGUUGGCUGGGUACAAGGUAGCUGUUCCGAGCCUGAAUCGGAUGGGCGCCAUUCCAGUCAUGAUCCCAGCACAAAACCGGGACGGUUACAUUGUGUAAAUCGCAGCCCAGCGUCUCGUGAAAUGUUUUAUAUAUAUAUACACACACACACGUGCACACACGCAUUAUACACACAUGAUGCCACGGGACUUUUAAAUUAAGAGUCAACUGUGUUAGGCUGUCUGCCAAACCAGUACUCGACACUGCUGUACGUGGAAUACAAGCACACACGCACACACACGCAUACGCACCACAUACACACACCAUGCACUGUUACAUUCUGUUUAAGCUCCUCAUGGCCUUAGCUUCAACGUUACAUCAGCCAGCCUUAACCGUUGUUUGUCAGGAAUAUCAGAGAAAUGGCUUCCAAACUAGCAAGCCAGUUCACUUUCCCCCCACCCCACCCCACCCCAUCCUCGCCCCCAUUCCCUCUCGCUCUCUUCUCCCAACACCCGCCCCAAAACAUAACACUACAGCAAACCAGCUUCAGAUUCGAAGCUGGAUAUGUGAAUUUUCUGUUAUUCUGCCUUGACCUUAAAUUUUUUUAAGCGAUUUCUUGAGCAAUUUCAGGCUCUCCGACUUUAUUAUUGAUAUAAUACAACUAUUCAGAAAAAGUUAAAUGUGAAAAAAUUCGUACAUAUAUUAUUUAUGAUACAUAUAUUAUAUGUAGCGCCCUGGGAUAUCUUUCCGACGUGAAGGGCGCUACGUAUGAUUGUUGUUGUGGUAAAAGUAUAUACACAGGGUGACAAAAAAGUCGUGAUAACUACCCUAUUGCCUAAAAUCAAACAAAACUAGCAUCAUUCCUUUAAGACUUACCAGCUGUACCCGUUGCAGCUUCGCUUGCGACCAAAGGAUCCAAUAUGGAAUGUAGAUUUCAGUGAUGAUGGGCCCCAUCUGAUUCCUAGUCUCUGCCUGGAUCGUAGUUGAACGCAGCUAAAUGGAUUGACCUCUGCUGCCGGGCUUCGUUUUGCCGUGUUCUUGCAGUCCUUUUUGCGUCGAAGUCCAACCGUGCUGUUCUUUCUUCUUCAGUAUCAUUUGAUCGGCCUUCUCUCUUUCGUCUGGCGUUUUUAUUUGACC